GGAGGUUUUUAGUUGGUGGGCGUCUAUUCCAGUUGCAGUUUUAUUUUCUUGUACUUUUGUUUCUGUGAAUCAGAUUUUGUAUAGUUAUUAAACUGGUAGAAUUUGCUUAUCCAUGACUUACAAGUUUGUGAUUUAUUCAGUUUUUCAAGCUAAACACCUCAUUAUAGUAUCCUGAUUAUGAGCCCAGGGCAAAUAAAGAGGUUCUCACUUUAAAAAAUGUAAUAUUCAACUGUAUCUUUUAGCUAUACAAAUAGAGCUGUAUAUUGUAAUAAUCCAUUAUGGCCUAUAACAUUCUGUGCAGGAAGUAGGUAAAAUAAAUAUUUUUGAUCUAAACAAUACUAUAUAAGCUAAGUGUUUCAAAUGAAUGAAGUUGAAUUAAUUGGUUAGAAAACAUAUUAAUCAAGUAAAUUAAUUUAUAUUGCUAAAUGUAUAUGUGUAUUCCUCAGUGCAGGAAGCUUUAGAUAAGGGCCAGAGAAAUAGCUGUCUAGCAGAAACAGCUAGCAUUUUGGUCUUAAAGGUGAAUGCAUUUAUUAAUGAAUAAUAAUGAAGUGGAUGCACAUAAAAAAACAGGCAUGUCCAGCCUGGUGUUGCAUCCCUGGACAGCUAGUAUUGCAGCACACGAGAUUCAGAUAUAAAGGUGCAGAGAAUGAGAUCAAAUUACAAGGGAAAGUCUUAUUUGAGCGGAGCUGGGCUCCCAGUGACAGAGGAAGAAAAAUGUCUGUUUCCUGUCAUUUAAAGGAAUUUUCAUGGAGCAAAUCAGAAGGAUCUUUGGUUGACUUGGAUGAUGGAAGUCUUACAAGAAAUGAUUGGAUAGACAAUAAAGAAAAUGAAUUGCAUCUUAAAUCACACUGGACUGGAGAAUUUAAGCAAGAUACCCCUGGUGGGUUUAAAACAAAUCCGUUUUGGAAGGAAAUGUCAGCAUCUAAUCCAUUUUUAGAUGACAUAGCUCAAUCAUGCAACAAAGAAAAAAACAAUACACGGGUGUCUAUCCUGAAAGAAGAUCCAGAUUUAUUUUUUAGAGAUUCAAAUGGUAGGGAUUCUGCUGCUUCAUCAGGAGAUGAAUUAAAUAUUGAAUAUCUCUUUUGUCGCAAACCUUCAAAAAGAUCUGCAAAAUCUAGGAGUGUUUCAGAUCUUUUAGAUAUUAUAGAUGUAAGAUGUGAAUUUUCUAAUACAGAACCAACCAGUUAUAUCCUACCUCCCGAAAGCGAAGCAUUUCAGAAUCAACGUGAGGCCUAUAAGACAGCUUGGUUGAAUCAACGACAACUGGCCCGAUCUUGCCUGGAUUUGAAUGUGAUAAAUCAGGGUCCUGGAUGGGCACAGACCCAAUCUAUAGAAACCCAUAUAUUCUGCAAAGUGAAUUAUGAAGGUGGUUCAGUGCAGCUUCCUGAUUCAGAUAUUGCUGUUCAUUUCCCUGAAGGUCAUGUGGCACUUGGAGAAUUCCAAGAAGUUGGCCUGCAGGCAAUCCUUGAUUCUCCACCAUCACUUAAUGAUGAUUUUUCAACCACCUUGACCCCUUUAAUUGAACUUACCUUGAGCAACCUUAAUACUACUGAAGCUAUUUUACUAGAGAUGAAAAUUGCAGCUGAAAUAAAAAAGGAUCCUUUUAGUCAGGUAAUGACUGAAAUUGUUUGUCUGUGUAGUGGCAAUAAGGAAGGGCCAUUUGAAAAAACACCCAAUUGUUACAUUUAUAAAGAUACUGUACAAGUGAAACUAACAGAUCUUAGUCACUUGAUGUACAUUGUUGUUGUAGCUCAAACAAAUACAGUUAAUUCUCUUGUAAGUGUUUGGGAAUAUAUCCACAGAAAACUUUCAGUUGGGAUUUAUGGACCAAAACAUAUACAUCCGUCUUUCACUGUUGUGUUUGCUUUGUUUGAUCACAACUAUGUUCCUGAGAAACUAACAGUAUGUGAUAUUAAAAGGGGAGGAAAGAGCUUGCCUCCAGUUAUUUUCCAGCUAUGGGGGAAACACACAUUUGUAUUGAAGAAACCACAAGACCUCAGCAUUUCUGUUGUCUCCUGUGACCCAGAUUUUGAAGUGAAGAAAGAAGAACAAAGGAAAGAAAUCAAAGAAGAAAAAUUGAAAGGAGGUGGUGGAGUAAUUCACUGUCAUUUUCCAUUUUCUAUAAUCUGCAAUAGGAAAAUACAUAUUUUUGUCUUCCGUGUUCAAAUCAAAGUCCCAGAAAAUAACCUGGCAUGCCAGUUUUACAUUACAACACCUGAACCACCUCCUAGGUUAUUAAUAGGGAUAACUAACAAGCCAAACCGAAUUGAAAAACGCAAAGAAAUAAAAUCUGCACCAUUAUUAUUAUUGCCUACCAUAAAAUAUCCUACCUUUCAAGACAAGGUUUUAAAUAUUACCCGUUAUGGUACAGCACUCAAAACAGUGUUGCGUCAAAAUAAAAUUGACUAUUUACUAGAAUAUUUUAAAGGCGAUACAAUAGGAAUACUUGGAGAAGAUAAGGUCAAAGCUAUUGGACAAACAAAAAUUAAGGAAUGGUAUGUAGGAGUUCUUAGAAGAAAAGUUGGCCUUGUACACUGCAAAAAUAUCAAAGUGAUAACUGAAAACCAAACUAUUGAUGUUGAGGAUAGUGAAAUCAUGACCAGUAGCCUCCUUGAACAAAUUGCAUUACCUUUUAAAAAAAUGACUUAUAUCUAUUCAACAAUCUUAUCCACAGUAUCAGAGAACUUAAAUGAUUGGAAAGCUUUGGCUGAUGCUCUUCAAUUUUCAGAUUUGUCCCGUUAUGAUUUAAAUGCAUUACAAAUUGAAAAAGAGUCUGAAAAAGUAGCGUAUAUUAUGAAGAAACUUAAAGAAAUUUGCCAUACUCAUAGAAGCACAAGACGAUUCCUAUAUGAACUCUCUGUGGCACUUUUAAAGCUAGACUGCCAAGGCUUAGUAGCCCGAAUUACUCAGGAUACAGUUAUUUUUACUGCAGCGGUAAAACUUGGGAAGAGCUGGAGAGAGUUGGCAGAAAAAUUAGCACGACUUACAAAACAACAAAUUGAUGCUUAUGAAACUCCCCAUCAUAGCAAAAAUGGAGAAGUUGCUCCAGAGAUGAUGUGGAAACCAGCUUAUGAUUUUCUCUAUACCUGGAGUGCUCACUAUGGAGAUAGCUACAGAGAUAUGUUGCAAGACCUGCAUUUAGCUUUGGACAAAAUGAAAAAUCCUGUGACCAAACAGUGGCGAGAAAUAACUGGAGCUCUGAUCCUGGUCAAUUGCAUGGAGAUUCUUAGGGCCAGUGCUUUCUCCAUGUUGGAUGAAGAAUGAAAUUCAUUCAAUUUAGAAAUAUAUUCUAUAAUCUUCUUGGAAUAUUAAACAGGAACAUUUUCACAAGAAACAUUUAGAAUCUUUGUGAAAAGUAAUGUCUAUAUUGUAAAGCAUUGAGUCAUUAAUUUUCAAACACCACUAAUUUUACCUCAUUUUUAUUUAAAGCUAUUUAGCUAGUAUAUAUUUAUCCCAAAAAAAACCACAGUUGCUGUAACUAUGAUUUGAACAGAAUUCUGAUAGAGUGCAGAAUACUAUAUUCAGGGAAAGAAAUGCAAUACUGAUGUUAAAAAGCAAAUUUUCUUUCAUAGAGAAAAAAAAAUCCUUCAUAUUGAGCCAUCGAGCUCUAUUGUUAAUUCCAUCAAUUAUAUAUAGUUAAGACUGCAGUUCCCAGAAUUCCCAGUCCCCAUUAUGAAGAGCAUAGAAGAGUGUUUCUCAGCCUUGGCAAAUUUAAGUUGUGUGGACUUGAACUUUCAGCCUGCUAGCUGGAGAAUUCUGGGAGUUAAAGUCCACACAUCUUAAAGUUGUCAAGUUUAAGAAACUCUGGUAUAGAAUCGGUGAGCUUGGAGACAAAUUUGGGAAAGCUAUUUUAUGAUAGUCAUUGUAUAUAUCAAUUGAAUUAUAUUCCCUUGAAUGUAUGGACUGGCUAUUGAUUUCCAGCAGAAGUUAGGCACUGAGCCAUGUAUCUUUAUAAACUGAAUCAUGAUUCUCUUAGUGGGAGCUAAGCAUGAGAUACUGUAAAAAUUGUCUAAAUUCAAGAAAGCCUUCACUAAUUCAACUAUUUGUUAUCUAGCUGCAGAACAACCAACUCCUUCUGUAAUUGUGUACAGGUUUUUCUUGAUUUAAAUCCCGGGUAUCAAACUUGAUCACAUCACGUAAUGUAUCGCAACAUUUUUUGCUUUUGUGGAGCCGGGGUGGGUGUGGCCUGCAUGUGACUCAUCUGGCCCAGGGGCCACCAGUUUGACACCCCUGGUUUAGAGAAUUUAAUGAUACUCGUCUUUCCCAUCAACCUGUGUCUGGGUUAUUUUGGAAGUGACAGUUCAUUCCUAGCAAAUUAGAAACAUAUCUGUGCAGUUGUCCCAUCUGCUUUUCAGCUAUAACAUCAGUCUUGUGUAAUAUUGGUCAUAUUUCUAGAGAAUUGUUUUCUUUUUCUUGUUCAUGGGCAGGAUGAAUUUUCUGAUGAAAGCUGCUUAUUGAAAGAGGAAUCAUAAAUGCUUGCUUUUUUAAUUUGAAACACAGGAAUUACAAAAUUCAUAUUAUAUACUAUUUUUCAUAGUUCUCAUUAAUUAAUGAAAAUAUAUUGUGACAAAAAAGGUUUGAAUUAAUUCCUAUAUUUCCAAACUAGCUAUUGUUGCAUCAAAACUUUUAUAUGUUAUAAUUUACUUGUGUGUUUUGCUUUCAGUAUUUUUUAUUUAUCCUUGAAUCUUAAAUUCAAUUGAAGUCAAAUUUAAAAAGAUGAAUGCCCAUUAGCUUGUUGAUGGGUGUUACACUAGUUACUAUUUUUUCUUUUAUGUUUCAAAAAUUAUAUAAUGACAUAGUGGUUAGAGACUGAAUUUGCCUGCCAGUUCAACUAAUAUUGUUACGUUUGUCAAACUGUUGCUACUACUGACAAUGUUAAGGCUGCUUGUCCAAAUACAUCUUAAGAAAAAGUUUUCUUUUGGAAUUCAUAGAGGUCUUCAUUACUUGCCUCUAUUAACUUUUUUAGUUGGAAAUAUACAAAAAUAAAUGGAAAACUAAUUUGAAA